AUGGCCACUGGCAAAGACACGAUCGAGAUGCUGGAGCUUGCUCCCGAAGCAAAGGCCGACCAAGAGACCCAAAAGAAGGGCGAUUUGAACGAGGAUGUCGAAAGAACACCGGAAGAGGCCAGACUGGAGCGCAAACUUCUGCUCAAGUCCGAUCUUAUCAUCCUACCUCUCAUUUUCGUAACGUUUCUACUGGCCUUCCUAGAUCGUUCCGACCUGGGAAACGCUGCAGUAGCAGGCAUGACGAAAGAUCUGGGCAUGUCGCCGCAGCAGCUCAGUACUGCCUCAUCGAUCUUCUAUGCCACCUUUGUUGUAUUUCAGCUUCCAGGCAAUCUGCACAUUAGGAUACUCGGCCCUCAAGUUGAACUCGCUCUGGGAUUGACGAUUCGGGGUCUUUUCAACACACUCAUCUGCACGGCCAGAAAUUACGCUGCCGUCGUCGGGUUACGGCUUGGAAUGGGCGCUGGCGAGGCAUUCUUCGAAGCCGCACCGCUCUACCUUACCCUUUGGUACAAAAGAGACGAAUAUAGCCGCCGUGGCGCGAUUACAUUUAGUGCUGCUGCAGCAGCAGGUGCAUUAAAUGGCUUGAUUGCGUAUGGUAUCGAAAAGAGCCUAAACGGCGAAGAUGGCCUUGCAGCGUGGAGAUGGCUGUUUAUUAUAGAGGGGUGUUUGUCUAUUGGCUGGGCUAUAGUCAUACUACUGCUCCUCCCCGCGGUUCCAGAGAAGGCUCGGAUGUUCUUCUCUUCCGCAGAGAAGGAUCUUGCGAUCCAGAGAAACCGAGAAGGAUACAACGAGCCGCACGCGAAAAUUCGUUGGCCGGUCCUUAUAGGGAUUUUCCGCGACUGGAAUACCUAUCUCUUCGGAAUUAUCUACUCAUGCGCUAAUAUGAGCCUUGCAUCAUUCAGCACAUUCCUUCCUCUUAUCCUCCGUACGCUCGGCUACUCUACGCUCGACGCUCAGCUUCUUACGAUACCGGUCUACGUCGUUGCAACGAUCUCCGUUCUGGCUAUAACAUACUUCUCAGACCGUUAUAAAAAUCGAGGCUACUUCCUAAUAGGGACAUUCGCGUGGCUAGUAGCCGGCUGGCUGAUCUUACUUGUUAGUACUAACCAGCACCUAUCCUUCGCAGGAACUUUUCUGGUUGGAGCGGGUACAUAUCCUACCGUGGUUCUAGGCUUCAGUUGGGUCUUGAACAACUGCGCAGGUUUCACGAAACGAGCGGGUACAUACGCAGUCGUCGCCAUGAUAGGCCAGUGCUUUGCCCUCAUGGCCACCGAGUUGUACAGCGACCCACCAAGAUACUAUCGUGGCAACGGCAUCGCACUGAGAUCGGCCGUCGUAGGCUUCUGCACUAGCGCUGUGCUGGUGGUCAAGCUCAAACAUGCUAACGAGCAAAAGACCAGGGUCGCAAGCCUUGAGCUCGCGCGCCGUCAGCGUUUGUUGAGUAUCGAGGAGCUGGGCAACGAACAUCCAGAUUUCUAUUACUUCAUCUAA